UAAAUCAUUUUGCUUACACACCACGUAAUGGCGGACGCUUACGGUGAUGAUUUUGGGGAGAAUUUCGGCAUUGACGAAUUUGCCGAUGAGGAGGAAGAGUACGACGAAUUUGAUGACUACGACCAGCAACGCGUCGCUGAUGUUGACAUCAUUACAGAUCCUAACGAAUACAGGCAACGCGUAGAGAACGCGCAUAGAAUAACGAGUCCGUACAUGACCAAAUAUGAGAAGGCCCGUAUCAUAGGUACUAGGGCACUGCAAAUUAGCCUUAACGCACCGAUAACAAUACCUGUUGAUGCUUCUAUGGACACUGUUGACGAGGGUAUUACCAUGGGAUUUGGUGAAUCCGUGGAUACAUCGGCCGCUGCUAUCGACCCCUUGGUCAUCGCGGAAAAGGAGCUUUACCAGAAGUCUGUACCCUUCAUCAUCCGCAGGUACCUCCCUAACGGCUCUUACGAAGAUUGGAAGAUUGAGGAACUCAUUAUAGACUAGAUUGCACUUGGCCAGUGUAAUACCAUCCCCUA